AUGAUAGAGGCGUUGGAAAUAGUUCUACUGCUCGUUAUACAAUCACUUCAAUAUAUCUGCCGCACAUGCAUAGCUUUUUUGCUAAUACCAUUUUUAGGUUUAUAUGCAUUCGACCUCUUUCUGUACAUUUAUCGGAUGACGUUGUAUCUGUCACAGAUGUUCAAUUACAAGAGAAAAUUAGGCCGUUCUAAAAGAAUUAGUAGGCCGCAUAGUCCAAGAUUGCAUAAGAGAUAUAACAGUGGGGAUUGCAUGGACACUGUAAUUGGCCAAAUAAGGGAUUUGAGGAUUUUUUUGUUGUCCGCGAUCCAUAGCCACUCCAAGAGAUUCUUCUCUACGACACUUCAUACAAAGUCAGCCAUUAACACUGCUGUUGACACGACUGAUGUCGAAACUACAUCAGAUGUAUCUAGUUUCACAAAUCUACAUUUAACAAGGUCAUCGGAAGAAGGCUAUUAUAUUGCAGGAUCGAUAUAA